GCUCAUAUAGACGCCAAUCAUUGUUGCAUCUUUGUAUGCUGUCAGAUCGCCCGCAACCCACUUUCGCCGUCUUCCACACCCUUAUCCCCUUCUCAUAAUCGCGCUGUCGACGACGUUCUUGCACGACUUCGCCAGAGAACACUUCUCACAAAAGAAACUGAACGAACUUGCUUGUUGUCAACCUUGUCCAAGACUUGAACACAUAGCAGAAGACAUCUUACGACAAUCAUACGCUCUUUACGAAUCACACCACGGUAUCCGAUACGUCUUCGACGAACUAUAUAGCUCAGUUUAUGCUGCAUGGGUCGUGGUGAAACUACAAUGUAUCCAUCGAACGACCUGACAUCUAUCAACAACGGUUCUACACCGCGUGGCGAAGAUCAUACAAAACACAGCAAACGCAAACAAACCAUUCUUACUCUACUCGAUGUCCUCAAUGAGCUUCGCGACGGAGAGCUGGCAGAUGCAAGUAUCAAUCAACAGCAGCAACGAAGCUUCGAAGAUGACCGGGAUGUUCCCACGGUCGAUGAACACCUACAGAAAGUAGGCGCUGAUGCGUUCAAUAAGUUCCAGAGACGAAUCCUCAACCUUGAUCGAGAGCUUCGCAAUUUUGCUAACGCAGCCCGUCAACUAGGCAGCUCCGUUGGCAUUCUCUCGUCUUCAUUCCAUCUGCGCGAACGUCUCACACAGAUUCUCUUCCUGUUUCGUGAGAAUGCUGCAGACUUGUUUCCACGGAAGAUUGUCCGAGAGGGUCGCGAACAAUUGGUGAAUCCGAAUUACCGCCAUCUGAAGAGAAAUAAGCGAAGAAGAGCGCCUCCACAUGUGGUGAACCCCACUGUGAUGGAUACUUUAGAGGCGGAAGACCUUCCUCAGCAGCUAGAAUUUUUUGCUCGAGAUGUAACGACAUUCCUUGAAUGUCUGAACGAGUUUCCGGAGUUCACAGAUGAAAGCCUGAAUGCAUCCAUCCUAUCUCUGAAGGGUGAUCUAAAGUAUUGGGCCUCGUGCCUGAAAGCAUAUGAAGGCCAAUUCAAAUACCCGGCGGUACAGAGAUACGUGCAUGAUCUCUCAACCGAAAUGGGAGAGCACCUCGAUAGCAUCACCUCCUCAUUGUCUAUGUUCAUCGAGAUUGGUGUACCAACAAUUCGUUUUGCGCAGAAACACGCAGCAGCGAAUCUGCUCAACUUAUCCACUGUGGCAACAUUUUUCUCAGCGGUUACGGCUACAACCAUGCAGUUCUCUUUCGACCAAACUGGCAAUCCUCUGGCGGACUCCGUCAACGGGUUCUGGUUUACUUCGUUGGUAUUCAGUAUCGGUGCUGCAGUAAAUAGUCUGUUGGGAUUAACCUGGAAACAAGCCAUGUAUCGGUCGCCAGGUCAUAGGGUGCCAUGGUGGGUGCUCAUUUGGAUCAAACGAUCGCCACUGGUCUUUCUCGUCUUGUCUGUUGCUUGUUUUUCGAUGGGUCUAGUCUUGUUUGCCUACUCAUCUCAUCAGCAUCAAAUCACGUCGACAGUUACUACUGUCUUUUCGGCAUGUAGCUGCUUUGGUCUAGCAGCCGUAUCCACUUGGUUUGCAUCGGAACGCUGGAUUUUCAACCGCCACAAAGGCAAGAAGUGGUUAGCGGAUGCCUUGUCGGACACCAAGGUCAAGCUCUAUUCUAUUCCUGGCAUAGCUUGGUUCUUCACGCAACCCAAAGCUGCUGUAAACAAGCUCGUAUAUUGGGGUCACCGCCAAUCCCAGGAUGCAAGUGACUUUUUCUCUGACAUAGGCAAAAAGACAAUGGUCAUCAUACGGAGCGUCAAGAGCAACCUUUCAGAUGCGUCUGACUCCCAGCGAAGUGAUACUGGUUCCCCGGUCCCUCAAUGCUUCAGUCCGGAACCUUUGUCCCCUGCCACUGCUCGCACUGGAGAUGCCCUUCUUCCCAUAUCGGAAGUUGACUCUAUCACACAAUCACCUUCUGUGGACGGCCUCGACGAAAAGACGGUAGCCAGCGAUAGUGGCUCAACUGCCGGACCAUCAUCUCAGCCAAGUUUGGCGGCCAGGCGUCGAUGGGCUAACGCUGUGAAGUCUGUCUCAGUGAUGUUGCGGUCGACCUCGGCGGCGACUGGACCAUUCAAUGGCCCCAGUUCACCGAGGAGGCAGAGAACUAUGUCUUCCGACGGCACUCGCAUUACAACCAAUGGGAAACCUCUGGUAACCCUUCCUGGGAUGAUAAAGCUUUCUAGAGUUGCGGCACUGGUCCCGAAGCUGAAGAGUUUGGAAACUACCCAGGACUUGGCUGCACAUCAGGCUUUGGUUAGACAUCUACAGUUCUCACCUAAUGGAAAGUUCCUCGCUACAUCGAGCUGGGAUCGUACGUCGGUGAUAUUCAAGGUUGGGGAUCCUUUCACCUGUCACCGCGUACUCGCGCAUCCUCAGGGCUUUGUGGGACAAGUUGCAUGGUCACCUAGUGGGACCACAUUACUCACGAAACUCGGUCGCAGCGUCAAACUCUGGACGGACGACGGUGUUUGUAAAAGGACUAUCGAACGGCGAACGGCUAUACAAUCCAUUGCAUGGUUACCCGCUGGCGAAGCGUUCUUGUCUGUUGAAGGAGAGAAUGUUACAAAAUUAGAUUUGAACGGCAAUGUUGUCGAUGUAUAUCACUUUGAGAAGAUGAUAAUCCACGACGUUGCUGUGACCCAGGACUGUCAACGCAUGCUCUGCGUAGGAUCUCUUAUUGCAUCAGCCGAGGGUCUGCAGCCAAGCAAGAGUAGAGCUGAGAAACAAAUCAUAGCCUACAAUCUGGAAAGAAAAGACAUUGAAAAUCGGGUACCCGUCCUUCAUGAUGUUCGCGAUAUCACGUUGGCUAGAAAUGACCUUGUCGCGCUGGUCAGCUAUGAGAACAAGGCACCUCCUCAACUAUGGAAGCUGGAUUUCGUUAAAGUCUUGAAGGACAACGUCAACAAGGAAACUAGGGAAACUGCUCGUCUUUCGCUACGGCACACAUAUAUGCCAAAGGUUCAGGUAGAUUUCGCAGGUCCUAGCUAUUUCGGUGGCAAGAACGACGAAUUGAUUCUUUGCGCUGGGAAGGCUGGUGAUAUUCACAUCUGGGAUAGAGAAUCUGGUGCUCUUUUGCACCACAUUCGUGCGCAAACCCUUGGGGGAGACCUUACAUGUAUCGCUUGGAACCACGCCCAUGAUUCGUUCAUGUUUGCUACCGGUAGUCAUGAUGGUGCCGUUAGGAUAUGGACCGCACCAGAUGCGCCGUCGAUAGACGAACCUUAUCCCAGUCGCGGUCCUACGAACCCGACGAACACUCCAGCACGUACACCAUCGCCGUUCGACGUUGAAUAUCGUACGGAUAGCCCGGCCACACAACUGGGUGGUGACUCACAGGACGACCAUAACCAAUCAAGUUUGCAAGUUGAUCGCGCUGACUCGUCAGGGUCAAGACGGACGGUUGUCUUUUCAUGAUCUGGGGAUACCAGUUCGAUCUUGUUUUAUGAGUGUAAGAGCAUUGAUCCUACUGUAUUUCUAGUCAUGUCAAACGCUACGAUAUUAUGAAUCUGAAUGUACUCAUGCUACAGAGUGAUUUCAGUGGAACUCCAUCGAAGUAAUUGUUGCAGUCCUUACAACAGACGUCGACAUCCAAUUGACUCUCAGCGAAAGGGUCUUAGAUGUAUGGCGGGUCACUCAUCGCAUAUCUUAUUGUAUACAUCUUAGAGGACAACUAAAAUCAGCAGCAUGAACUCAGCUUCGGAUUUCGUCGCUCGCAAUUCAUUUGAAGUUGAAGCGGGGGUUUCUCAGACAUUCCC